UUGGAGCAUUCUCUUUGAUAUUUUUGGUUUUUUAAAAUAAAGUUGGUCUUUUCUAGAUUCCUGAGGAGCCUCAACUCAAUGUUAUAAAAAAGAGAAAAAGUACUAUUCUGAUUCUUUUUUUUUUUUUUUCAAAAAAGAAACAAAUGCUUGUGGAUUUUUAUCCCUGAUAUUUUUAUCCCUUUUCUGUUCCUCUAAAAAUCCAUCACACAUUGAAUUUGCUCAAACUUUGAUACUUUAUGCAUCACUAGUGUUUUCAUGCAUGUAAGCUGUUUGAUGAUUUGAUGAAGUGGGAAAUGGAAAUAUUGUCUCCAACUACAACACCUUAUAAUCCAAAUUCCAACCUCAGCAAUACCAACAACACCUUCAAUUGGCUUCUUGGAGAUGGAAGGAGCACAAGAUGGACACCGGAAGAGAACAAGCUCUUCGAAAAUGCGCUGGCCGUUCACGACAAGGACACGCCGGACCGGUGGCACCAGGUGGCUGCAAUGAUACCUGGGAAGACAGUUGGAGAUGUUAUCAAGCAAUACAAGGAAUUAGAAGUUGAUGUGUGUAACAUUGAGGCUGGUUUGAUCCCGGUUCCGGGGUAUAGUACUACUUCACCAUUUACCUUAGAAUGGGUGAAUUCUCAAGGGUAUGAUGAUGGAUUUAAAGGAUUAAGUGGAAAGAGACCUUCUUCUUGCUCAGGGAAGCCACCUGAGCAAGAAAGGAAGAAAGGAGUGCCAUGGACUGAAGAAGAACAUAAAUUGUUCUUGCUUGGUUUGAAGAAGUAUGGGAAAGGUGACUGGAGAAACAUUUCGCGAAAUUUUGUGAUAACAAGAACACCAACACAGGUUGCAAGCCAUGCUCAGAAGUACUUCAUAAGGCAACUUUCCGGAGGCAAAGACAAAAGGAGAGCAAGCAUCCAUGACAUAACAACAGUUAAUGUCACCGAAACCGGAACAUCUUCUUCAGAAGACACCAAAAGUUCUAUGAUGCUCUCACAGCAGCAGCAGCAACAAAAUUCUAGUUCUGCUGGAACUAUACCAAGAACUCAUCAUUUUCAGUGGAAUAAUCAACAACCAAAUAAUGCAGCAGGAGGAGUAGCUAUGGAAAAAGUUUUCAAUUCUGCUUAUGGUGUUAACUCAUUUGGGGUUACAAUAAUGGAAGGGCAAAAUCUGAACAAGAGUGUUGAAUCUUCUUCAUCUUCUUCUUACUUAGGACCUCAGACACAGAACCUGGUUUUCCAAAUGCAACAACAAUCCUCACAGCAACAACAACAACAACACUAUUCCCAUGCAUAAAUUGGCCUCUUUUGCAUUGGCAAUUAUAUGAAUGGCUUGGAACCAAUAAAUAUUUCUUGCUUUAUCAGAUCAGAUCUUUAAUUUUCUUUUCCCAAUGUGAAUAUCUUGGUUUGGAGUAUUGGUUUAGAAUUUAGAUCUUGGUCUAUGAACUUUGACAUUUGUUUAAUUUACUUCAACAAAAUAUUUAAGUCCUCCAAUGUUGUUGUCA